CUCGGGAGGAAGCGGGAGGGCAGGAAGGCCCGCCCCCUUCCCGGCUCUCCCCUGCCGUCUCUCCUGGAGCUGCGAGCCAGCCGCGCGCUUCUGUCGCUGCUCGGAGCUCCCGGCGCUUCUUGCUGCGCCUGCGCGGCCCCGUCCGGCUCCCCACGUGGGUCGCCUCCUGGUUGCCGCCGGCCCCAGGCCCGCGGGUCCCGGCCCUCGCCUCCCCGGUCCCGUCGGCGUCCCGCGUCUGGAGCGCCAUGCUCUUCUAUUCCUUUUUCAAGUCCCUGGUGGGCAAGGAUGUGGUCGUGGAACUCAAGAAUGACCUGAGCAUCUGUGGAACCCUCCAUUCUGUGGAUCAGUAUCUCAACAUCAAACUAACCGACAUCAGUGUCACAGACCCUGAGAAAUAUCCUCACAUGUUGUCAGUGAAGAACUGCUUCAUCCGUGGCUCAGUGGUCCGCUACGUGCAGUUGCCGGCAGAUGAGGUGGACACACAGUUGCUGCAGGAUGCAGCGAGGAAGGAGGCCUUGCAGCAGAAACAGUGAUGGUUCCUUCUCCCUUCCCUUUCCCUCUUCUGUUAGUGACCUUUCACCUCAAGUCACAGCCUGGGAUUCCUCCCUCCCAUAUUUGAGGGGGAUUUUUUUGGUCUUUUUUUUGUUUGUUUUUAAAGAGUGGAGGCUUUUUCUUUAAGGGAUGAGUGGAUGAGAAUAUUAAUAGUGGGGAGUAGCUCUCCUCUGUUGAGGAGGGGACGAUAAUAGGCUAGGGAACUGCAAAGCCUGCCUUGUCCUCAGCACCUGCCUUUCUCACUCCUUCCCUGGAUAUGGCAGGAGAAUCUCCUAGAUCUCUCCAGGGCAGCAUGUGAUUCAUUUGGGGGAUGGAAGGAAUCUGUCCCGCAUCGGGAAUAAACUUAUGAUGCACAUUUGA